AUGGCGAAGGGCGGGAUGAGCAAGCUGCGGUGCAUGAUCCGGAGGUGGCACUCCUCCAGCCGCAUCAUCGCCCGGUCACCAUCGCCGGCCGCCGACGACGACGCCAUCGGCCACCGCCACGCCGGGGGAGGCGGAGGAAACGGCGGCGGCGCGUCGUUCCACGGCGCGGACGAGGUGCCCAAGGGGCUCCACCCGGUGUACGUGGGCAAGUCGCGGCGCCGGUACCUCAUCGCGGAGGAGCUGGUGGGCCACCCGCUCUUCCAGAACCUCGUCCACCGCACCGGCGGCGGGGACUCCGGCGGAUGCACGGUGGUGGGCUGCGAGGUGGUGCUGUUCGAGCACCUCCUGUGGAUGCUGGAGAACGCGGACCCGCAGCCCGAGUCGCUCGACGAGCUCGUCGAGUACUACGCCUGCUGA